CUGGCCACUGCUAUUCCUGCUGCAUCCGACCACGUGACCUUGCCAUUGGCCCCUUGAAAAAAAAACAUCGUUUUCCGAGCCACAAGAGCCCUCUGUUUCUCCGUCCCACGGCGUCUAUAAACACAAAUCAAACCCACCCAUUGCGCCACAAAAAUGGGAAAGUUGCUCCAGCUUUUGGCCCACCCGACCGAGCUCCUUGCGGCGGUACAGUUUUUUGGGUUCAAGAAAUCGAUGUUUCCGCUUGAUCUCAGCCAGGCGCCCCCCACUCUCGUGACAUGCUACAAAUAUUUGGACAUUACCUCGCGUUCCUUUGCCGCGGUGAUCAAGGAGUUGCAUCCCGAAUUGAGAGACGCCAUCAUGAUCUUCUACUUGGUGUUGCGGGCCUUGGACACUGUGGAAGACGACAUGACCAUCGACCCGAAAAUCAAGGUGCCCCUUUUGAGAAGCUUCCACGAGAAGUUGAGCACCAAGGAUUGGACUUUUGACGGCAACGCCCCCACCGAAAAAGACCGUGUGGUUCUCACUGGCUUUGACAACAUUUUGGCCGAGUUCCACAAGUUGAAGCCCGCCUACCAGGACAUUGUCAAGCGCAUCACCAUGAAAAUGGGCAACGGCAUGGCCGACUACAUUUUGGACGACAACUUCAACACCAACGGUGUCAGCAGUGUGGCGGACUACGACUUGUACUGCCACUAUGUGGCCGGGCUCGUGGGCGAGGGCUUGACUGACUUGAUGGUGUUGGCGAAAUUUGCGGACUCCGAUGUUUUGGCCGACAACUACCGCUUGUCCAACUCCAUGGGGCUUUUCUUGCAGAAGGUCAACAUCAUCCGCGACUACUAUGAGGACUUGGAGGACGGCCGGUCGUUCUACCCACGUGAGAUCUGGCUGAAGUACACCGAUGCCUUGCCCAAUUUCCACAACAAAGCUAGUGAGCAUGCGGCCGGCGUUGCGUGUAUCAAUGACUUGGUGCUCAAUGCUUUAGGCCAUGCCAUCGAUGUGUUGACGUACUUGUCGCUUAUCAAGGAGGCCACCAGCUUCAACUUCUGUGCCAUUCCACAGGUGAUGGCCAUUGCCACCAUGGCUGAGAUCUACAACAACGAAAACGUGUUGCACAAGAACGUGAAGAUCAGAAAGGGCACCACGUGCAAGCUCAUUCUCGGCUGUAGAACGUUGCCCGGCGUGGUGGAGAUCUUCAGACAUUACUUGCAGGUGAUCAACAAGAAGUCCGACGUCAGAGACCCCAACUACUUGAAGAUUGGCAUCAAGCUCGGCGAGAUCCAGCAGUUCUGUGACAUCAUGUACCCACCGGAAGGCUCGAUCCCACGUGGUGCCAAACGCAGUAUGACGAAGAUUAACGAGAACAUUGAAAAGAGAGGCACUUUCGACGUGGAUGGCGCCAGAUUCAUCCAACAAGAAGUGGUCAAAUGCAGAGGAGCUGUGUUCUUGGUGGUGGCCGUGUUGGUGACCCUUGUGCUCCGUGUCAUUUUGUGAACUGCCUGUUUGGGUGGCAGACAAGCUUGGCUGUGGUGCAGUUCUUAUACGAUGACCCCAUAGACGUUUGAAGAUUUUGUUGUGUGGGUUUUAGACGCUCAGCCAGCUGCGCAAUCUUUUGUUGCAGCCGUGGUGGCUGGCGAUUGUACGAUGGAAGCGAUAGAUGUAACGACUAGGCCAGCUGGAGAUCGGGCUGGCCUAUUACUAGUCUUUUGAUAGUCACUAUUGUUUAGAAACUUUGUUCUACUAUUAAGAUGCGAUCUUAGAGCAGAAGCGCACAGACAGC